GGAAGGAGAGCUCUCAUGGCUGCAAUCACUUAGGGAGCUCCUACCUGGGUGACACUGGGGGUAGGACAUUUUCUGUUUGUUUUGUUCUGUUUCCGAGGGUCCCGUGCAACUUCUCUUGCCCGGAUCAGCGUGACUCUUGGUGGUUUUUGCACACCCUGCUCUGUAGGGGAGUGCCCUAACGUGCUUGUCUUAUGUGGCCUCUAUGGACACACUGCUCAGCUGGCAGAGAGCAGGGAAGUUUUCUCCCAGCACCCAAAAAGAGAAAGAGGAAACUACUUUUUCCUUCUGGGCUCCUUGCAGCACAAUAGAUCAGGAUAAGCUUCCACAUUCCCUCCCUGGAUUUUCUGGAGUGGUUUCCAGGAAGAAGUUAAACCUUCACCUUUAAAUGGAUGACCAUGUCACAAUCAGGAAGAAACAUCUCCAAAGACCCAUCUUUAGACUAAGAUGCUUAGUGAAGCAGCUGGAAAAAGGAGACGUUAACAUCGUAGACUUAAAGAAGAAUAUUGAAUAUGCAGCAUCUGUGCUGGAAGCAGUUUAUAUCGAUGAAACAAGAAGACUGCUGGAUACUGAAGAUGAGCUCAGUGACAUUCAGUGUGAUUCAGUCCCAUCAGAAGUUCGGGACUGGUUGGCUUCUACCUUUACCAGGAAAAUGGGGAUGACAAAAAAGAAACCUGAGGAAAAACCAAAAUUUCGGAGCAUCGUACAUGCUGUUCAAGCUGGAAUUUUUGUGGAAAGGAUGUACAGAAAAAGCUAUCACAUGGUUGGUUUGGCAUAUCCAGCAGCUGUCAUAGUAACAUUAAAGGAUGUUGAUAAAUGGUCUUUUGAUGUAUUUGCUCUAAAUGAAGCCAGUGGCGAACACAGUCUGAAAUUUAUGAUUUAUGAACUGUUUACCAGAUACGAUCUUAUCAACCGUUUCAAGAUUCCUGUUUCUUGCCUAAUUUCCUUUGCAGAAGCUUUGGAAGUUGGUUACAGCAAGUACAAAAAUCCAUAUCACAACUUGAUUCACGCAGCUGAUGUCACUCAAACUGUGCAUUACAUAAUGCUUCAUACAGGUAUCAUGCACUGGCUCACUGAACUGGAAAUUUUAGCAAUGGUCUUCGCUGCUGCCAUUCAUGAUUACGAGCACACAGGGACUACAAACAACUUUCAUAUUCAGACAAGGUCAGAUGUUGCCAUUUUGUAUAAUGAUCGCUCUGUCCUGGAGAAUCACCAUGUGAGUGCAGCUUAUCGACUUAUGCAAGAAGAAGAAAUGAAUAUAUUGAUAAAUUUAUCCAAAGAUGACUGGAGGGAUCUUCGGAACCUAGUGAUUGAAAUGGUUUUAUCUACAGACAUGUCAGGUCACUUCCAGCAAAUUAAAAAUAUAAGAAACAGUUUGCAGCAACCUGAAGGGAUUGACAGAGCCAAAACCAUGUCCCUGAUUCUCCACGCAGCAGACAUCAGCCACCCAGCCAAAUCCUGGAAGCUGCACUACCGGUGGACCAUGGCUCUGAUGGAGGAGUUUUUCCUGCAGGGAGAUAAAGAAGCUGAAUUAGGGCUUCCAUUUUCCCCGCUUUGUGAUCGGAAGUCAACCAUGGUGGCCCAGUCACAAAUAGGUUUCAUUGAUUUCAUAGUAGAGCCUACAUUUUCUCUUCUGACAGACUCGACAGAGAAAAUUGUUAUUCCUCUUAUAGAGGAAGCUUCAAAAACCGAAACUUCUUCCUAUGCAGCAAGCAGCUCAACCACCAUCGUGGGGUUACACGUUGCUGAGUCACUGAGACGAUCAAAUACGAAAGGCUGCGUGAGUGACGGGUCCUAUUCCCCAGACUACUCCCUUGCAGCAGUGGACUUGAAGAGCUUCAAAAACAACCUGGUGGACAUCAUCCAGCAGAACAAAGAGAGGUGGAAGGAGUUAGCUGCCCAAGGUGAACCUGAUCUUCAUAAGAACUCAGAAGACUUAAUAAAUGCUGAAGAAAAACAUGCUGAUACACAUCUAUAGGUUUGAAACAUCUUAAUGGCUUCUGUCCUUUUAAACAUAAGAGGAUAAUGAAAACAGCACUAAAACAUCUUAAAUCCUCAACUUUCUACAAAACUAUAUUCUCCUCUUACAACAUACAAUUAGAUCAGGCCAUUUUAUGGACUCCAAAUAAGGAAUUAAGAACACAAAUUUUGAGCUGGUAACUCUGGCCUAAUAAAUACACUCAAGUUGCUAUCAGAGUUUUUGGCCAGUGAUUCUGCCAUUGUUUUUCCUCCACAAUUUGGCCUUCUUCAAUCAAGCCAGAGAAAUUUUUAAGACACAAGUGGGACAGUUUUAAAUUUACAUCACUUUGAACCCAGUCAUUGUAACUGUGCAAUACAUGUGCAGAAGAUGAAGUAUUUUAAAAUUUACUUUCUUGCACUGGCUUACACAGAGUGCUGUACCUACAGAAUUCUCAAGAUCUUAAGCAAAAGGAAAGCAAAAACACAAUUAUGGAAAAAAAUGUUUUUUGCAGCACUGGACACAGGAUAUUUUAGUUUGUCCUUAUUUUAAAUGCAUGGGAACAAAAUGAGUGGUGGCACUGCUCAGAGCUGUAGUUGAAGUCCUGUGGCAGCAAUGGAGCAUCGUAGCUCUGGCUCAGUGACCUGAUGAACAAACACCUCAUUGUAACUCUCUAGCUGGGGAAAGCCAGUGAAGCUUUUCCCUGAAACCAGUGGACUAGCCUGCAUCCAUCCCCGUGGUUUCAAAGCACUAAUGCAUCACCUACAUGGGUGUGGUCACAAUGCAAGUCAUACAUUCCCUGCUGUCAGUGAUAACAAGAACCAUCAGCCAUUGUUGGAGACAAACAAUAGGAAGGAGAAUGGAAUUUGCCUUCUGGAGUGUUGAUACCAUCAGGAUGUAACAAAACAUAUUACAGGCCAAGGAAUAAGAGACAAGAAGUGUGUGUGUAUGUCUGCAUAUUUGUGUGUGUUCAAAAAAUGUCUAUGAAAAUGGAAGCCCGCACUUUUCGGUACCAAUAACCUUAUUUGACGUGAUUAAUUUUACUACACAGAAACAAACUGCAACCCUUGGAGGCCCUGCUUCCUCGUCGUGUUUGCCUGAGCAUGUGCAAAGCUUUUUUCUUUGCUUCAAACUGAAGAACUACCUUUAUUUGUUAUUAGCUGACAAGAAAGGUCAAACACAGGUGUUCUAACUUUUCACUGUACAAGUACUUCAAUGAUUGUGAGCUUAAGUGAAUUUGUCUUUGUGAAAGAGAGAAAUUGGAUGGAAAGAAUAAAAAAAUAGCCAUCAAUUAAAUGAGGCAAAGGAGGGUCCAUCCAUCCUAAUGAGUUUUCUGUUGCACCUGCUUUCUUCCUAAUUUCCACAAUGCUAAGCAAUAUUGUAGAAAUAAAUACAAUCAGAAGCUUGUAAGCCUAAGUGGUGAGAUUUUAUAACUCACAACUUAGACAUCUUUUAAUAU